AUGUCGUCUGCGGCCGGCGAACAGCCGUCUAGUUACGAUGAUGAUCAAAACAUUCACUCCCCUUACCGAACAGGCACAAUAGACGAACCGACAAUCCACCGUGUCGGUGAGGCCUACUCUAAAGAACAUCCCGUCCCAACAGUUCCCAGAUUUAUUCGUCACCAACGGGAGCGAGCUGAAGCUUCGAAAAAAGAGGAGGCCGAGCUCGCGAAACGUCAGAAAGCGCGAGACGAUCAAGCUAGAAAACAGAAAGUGUCAGGGCCAAAGGAUACAGGAAAAGAGGGCGAAAAGAAACCUGAUGUUAUAAAACCUGCUAAGGAUGCGAGAACAUCUGAUGUCCCCAUUGGAGAUGAUAAAACAAACGUCCUAUAUCAUCCUCCACCGGAGGUUGAAAUGGGUGAUGUUUUUACCGCGAUACAGGAACAUACAUUACAGGCGGCAUACAUAUGCGCCGGUGCUAUCGUGCUACUAGAUUGGUUCAUUAUUGGUGGUGGAUUCCUCGGAUUCCUUAGAAGCUUGCUUCCAGCUGGUGGCGUCGGAUUCGCUGUCUUCUACGUCCUAUCGCAGAUUGUUCAGAACGCACAGACGACUCAUGUUGAAAAGUCAGAACCGGCAGUAGAAAGGAUGAAAUAUGUUCCGGAAAGCGUGGAAUGGCUGAACAGUCUGCUAGAUACCGUUUGGCAGGUUAUCAGCGAGGACGUUUUCAAACAGAUUGCCCAGCAAGUCGAGGACCAAGUCAAGACUUUUAUACCGGUUGAUUUCGUCAAGUUCAAGGUGGCAGAAAUCGGUCACGGAACUAGACCUGUCAGAAUUCUAUCCAUGAGGUCACUUCCUGAUAGCGAGUUUGGUGAACUUGUUGCUGCCCAUGGUGAUACUAAGGGUAUGUCGCAAGAGGAAAUCGCAAAACAAGAGGAGAAGGUUAAACAGGAACUCGGGGGAAUAUUCUACAACCUUGAGGUCGCGUUAGCAUAUCAUGCGGAAGCGCUCGGUAGCCAUAAAAAGCGAAUGCACUUCGAUAUUGUUAUUAUGGUUGGGGGAGUUCCAAUCCCAAUUUUUGUUGAAACACGCGAAUUCGUUAUGACGGCCAGAGUACGACUUCAAAUGAAUCCAGAUCUCCCAUUCUUGAAGCAUGUAACCUUUGCGCUCAACGAACCUCCUAAAGUCGUUGCAUCUGUCGCAAUUGGGCACGGGGGUGUAUUUAACCUCCUAAGCCUCCCGCUCCUAGAUAGCUUCAUCUCAUCCCAGAUUGUCGCAAACACCAAAGAAUUAUGCAGGCCGAAGAGCAUGAGUAUCGACAUGACGCCAAUUCUCGGAGGCAAUGAUGCAAUCACGGAAACCGAAGCAGUUGGACUGCUAUAUCUUAAACUCUGCCGAGCUGAAAACCUGCGCCGUCAGGAUCGCACUGGCCCUGGUGCUGAUCCCUACAUUACAAUUUCCUUCUCCAAGUAUGAGAAGCCAAUGUAUGCAACAAAGAUGAUUAUUGGUGACCUCAACCCUGUUUGGGAGGAAACAACAUGCAUACUCAUCAAUGCGGAGCAUGUCAAACGACAAGAAAGCCUCCUAGUAAAGCUUUGGGAUUCGGAUAGGAAUGGAAAGGAUGACGUUACCGGGCAAGUCGAACUACCUCUAGUUGACCUCAUAAAGGACUAUGAGAAGGUCCAAAAGCGACAGGAUGCUCUACAGCACGAAGUCGCGGGUGCCGAUACCCAAGGAAUCUUGCAUUGGGAGGUUGGGUUCUUCCCGGAAUCCAACUUCGAUAAGAGUCUCCUCAACUUUGAGGAGGCGAAACGGGUUGAUUCAAUGAUCACUGAUAAAACUAAGCCCGAAGAUGUCAAGUUGACUCCAUUGAACUGCAGGCCGGAUCCUCAGUACCCAACCGGCAUACUCUCUGUCACAAUAUACCAGUGUAUUAACAUCGAUGUCCCUAACCCUCGACCACCAAAGAAACAAAACAAUGUCGAUCAAGACGAGAAACAGCAGAACCUACCAGAGACAAGAGAUUCAGAAGGCCAAGCCACGCCGGAUAGUGAAGAAGAAGAAUCUUCAGAUGCAAAGCUUCAAGGUUAUCUUCCAUCCGUCUACUGUACCGCGGAUAUCAAUGAUGAACUUGCGUUCCGAACAAGAACCAAGUCGAUCACCAAAGCUCCAAUUUACAACUCCACGGUUGAAAAAUACAUCACGGAUUGGCGUAACAUUAUUGUUGAGGUUUCAGCCAGAGAUUCACGGAGGAAAGGAAAGGAUUUUCUUAUUGGCGCGGUUGUUCUAAAGGCUGCAGACAUCUUCAAGAAAUCGUCUGCAGUCAGCGACUGGUAUGAUCUCGUAGGUGGAGGGGGUAGCGGCCGUGUCAGAAUCUCUUUACUCUUCCGCUCAACGACACUGAAGCUUCAAAAGCACGAACUCGGCUGGAACGUCGGCCGCUUCGAGUUUUGCGGUCCCACUAUCAAGGUCAACAGCAUCCAAGCAGGAAAACUCAAACUUAAAACCUGUGGAGGUGUUAAGGUCCUCAAUCCAUCCGCAACUACUGGUACAAAAGAUACGUUUGAGGUAGUGGAUAGCCUUCUGAGGGUACCCGUAUUCAACCGAUACCUUGCCCCUCUCAUAUUCCAAUUUUACAACGGCUCUGGGGACCGUAAAGCAGCAUAUUACAGUAUCAUCUGGCUGCACAACCUCAUUGAUAAUGAAACCCGUGAUUUCGACCUUACCAUCUAUAAAACGGAUAAGCCCAAACGUUUCACUCAAAACUGCAUUGAAGGAACACCCGAUAAACACUGUAAGGUCGAACCAGUCGGUACCGUUCACUUCAAGGGACGUUUCAAAAGUGGAAUGUGCCCCGAGUUUAAGGAAUACCUUAAUGACGAGGAUGAGGAGGACACAUUCGAAGUCUGGGAAUCUAUGGAUAAGCUCGAUUUGAGAGAUAUUCACGAGGCAGAUACUGGUGCCGGAUAUCCAGGAGUUAUCACAGGAACAGACAAGAUGCGGGAUCCAGCUACUACACAGGCUGAGCACAUUUCAAAUGGUGGUACUGGAAGGUAUGCAGAUAAAGAGGCGAGAAACGUGAAUAGCGACAAUACUGGGACUAUCGGUAAACCGGCAUUGUCAAAUGAAGAGGUACAGAGACAUCUUGAUUCACGCCACGAUCUCAAACCUCCUAGCGAAUGGGAGAUGAAACAUGGGAAAGGAGCUGCUCCUGCACCUUUCUUUAAUCCCGACGAGAUGGAGGAACGGCCCCCCGCCGCCGCUAUCACAGGACUCGCGGACGAGAACUACCUCCCAGAGAUACCAAGACUGAAGGACAUUGAUAUCGUCUCUGCGAGUGAGUAUGAACAAAGGGAGAAGGAAGUUACCAGCAGUGUGGAUCUGCCAUCUUCUGCGACUUCUUCAACUUCUAGUCAGAAACAAGGUCUGGGUUAUACCGUCAAAUCCAUGCUUGAUGUCCCAGACACAGCACCAGACGGAACAUCGGCACCACCCGUCACAAAAAGAGACACUUAUGCCCCCAAAAACGGAAAUUUUAACGUUGAUAGACCCAACGACCGGGAAUACGCACGCAGGUACUCGUUGGGUAGUAGCGCAGCACAUUCGGAUGAUAUGUCAGUCACACAAGAUAGUCCGAACCCAAAUUACUUUGUCAGCUCGAAUGUCUCUGGAAUCGGACGGAAGGAUAUGCAAGGUAUCCAUGAAGACGAGGAAUUACAUAGACAAGCUGAUAUGAUCCCUCGCUUGGAAGAGAGAGUUCCGGACGUGAGUAGAGAUAAUGUGCCCAGAAGUGUUGAGAGGGAAAGGGAACAGAUUGAAAGCAACAGAGAGGGGACGAGAGGGGGAACAAGUGUGGCAGAAAAGGUUCGGGAGGCGGUGCCCGGGAAUGGGAUGUAA